GCCAACAUAAACAAGAUGGCGGCGCCCAUGGACGUGGAGCCGGGUUUUGGCAGACCAGGAAGUUAAAAAGCCUCGUUUUUCUCGGCUAGUUCUGUCCGAAAUUGAGUAAACCUUUCGAGGUCAGCCAUCAAGUAGUUUCCAAGAAGUCAGAACUUUCCUUAGCGUCGUGUCAAAUAGAGUAGAGACAAUUUCUAGGAGGUUUUUCUUCCGAGUGAAAUCGCGAACAGCUGAUCGCGCAUCCGGUUUGUGAAGAACACCUCAUCACAACACCAGGUUGUUGUAGCGGUGGCGAAGCCUAAAAUCUGAAGGACCCUGAAAACGCCGAGUCCGGACUCAAACCAGGAUCUUCUAGCCCUCUUCAGCGCAACAUGUCACGUCAUUUUAUGUGACGAAAAGAGCCUUUAUAUCGGAGCUACACGUCGACUUAGCCACCAGUUGGUAGAGACCAACACAGAGAGAACCUUCCUUUACCCCCCUCCCACUUUUCUUCCAAAGUUCUCGCCUGACUUUUCAUGUCGUUCGGCUUCAGCUGAACACACACAGACCUACUAGUCUUCUAAGAUGACGAGGACGAUGAGGAACACCGUUGCUGCCCUUUCCUGUCUUCUCUUUCUCCUCCUGUGGCACAGCCCAGCAGCGGGCUUGCAGUGGAACUGUGAGACGUGUAAGGGAAUCACGGACAGGUUCGCUCAGAAGUACGCUGAGACGGAGAAGGGGGGCUACGGAGGCGGGAACACAGACUGGGAGGAGACGUACCUCAAGGAGUACAGGAGAAGCUCUCAUUGGAGACGUAUGAAGAAGGACGGGACAGAAAGCGAGGUUCGUCUGUUGGAGAUCAUCGAGCAGCUGUGUGUGAAGGACAACCACGCCUGCUACGCUCUGGUGGAGGAACACGAGGAGCUACUGGAGGAGUGGUGGCAAAAAGAUGAGAGUCCUGACAUCAACUUGUACAAGUGGUUUUGUAUAGAUCACAUUAAAGUAUGUUGUCCAGAAGGCCAAUGGGGACCAAGGUGUAUAGAUUGUCCCAUUGGACGAGAGAAAGUCUGCUCUGACCAUGGAAAGUGUGAUGGUGAUGGGACAAGGGAAGGCACUGGGGCCUGCACUUGUGACAAGGGUUACCAGGGGGCACUGUGUGAACAGUGCACCAACGACCACUACGAAGAGUACAAGAACACCACACAUGUCAGCUGCAAAGGCUGCCACUAUGGAUGUAACAUAACAUGUAAAGGUCCUGGUCUGGAGAACUGCCUGGCCUGUCACAAGGGUUGGAACUAUGUGGAGGGGUCCGGCUGCAUAGAUGUUGAUGAGUGUAAUGAGAAAUUGCGACCAUGCCCGAAGGGAAUGUACUGCAUCAACAUUGUCGGCGGUCACAAGUGUUUCCAGUGUAACGAAGCUUGUGAGGAGUGUUUUGGACCAGAGGCUAAUGAGUGUAGGAAGUGUAGGGAGAACCAUGUCCUGCUCGAAGGCUCCUGUGAAGAAUGCCAUGAGCUGUGCACGGGUUGUACAGGUCUUGGUCCAGAAAACUGUGUGAAAUGUAAACCUCCAGCAGACAUGGUGGACGGUACCUGUAUAGACUGUGCCAGAGCCUGUCAUGGUUGCACCGGUCCUGGACCCGAGCACUGCAAAAGGUGCAGGAUGGGCUUCAAAAAGAACAAGGAGGAAGUAUGUGAGGAUGUAGAUGAGUGUAAGGUCAUGUGCAGGUUACAACAUGAAGUCUGCACCAACACCAUCGGCUCGUACGAGUGCCUAUGUGAGGAGGGAUACGAGAGAAAUCAGCGAGAGCUCUGCGUCAUGAAAAUUGAGGAUGAAGAUGACACAGAAGGCGACUCAGAAGUUGCGACAGAAGCCAGCAAGGUCAGGUUGGACAAGAAGUACAAAAGGCCGAAUAAGCAGCCUAGAAAGAUGCUGACAGGCACGCUUCGACAGGAAUUAUGACGAAGUAAUUUCAAAUAAGAGGAAAUGAGGCUCUAAUCGCCAUCCGUUAUUAUAGUUAUAGUCAUUCCGUAUUUAUUGUAGUUGCGGGUCUACGUGAGAUAGCUGUCAUUCCAUAGUGGCCUGACGUAGGGAUAUUGUAAUGAUGGUUUUAUAGUUGAACAAAUGAUGAUCAUUACAUCCUGUCCGAUGACAUUUCAUUGCACAUGUUACCAGGGACAGCGGAAAUACCGUAUAAAAAAAAGACAGUUUCUCAGACAGUGUCUCAUACAAAAGCAUAAUUACACAUUCUUUUCAACAACACACAGAAGCUGUCACGCAGAUAUGUUCUGUAGAACGAUUUUUAAAAAGCUGUCAAACACAAAUCUACAUUUUUUCCUGACUUGAGAAAACAAGGUUUUGGUGUUACAAAAUAUCUUGUUGGCUUGUAAAGCAUAUUGUCAAUGAGACCCAUUGAGAGCAUUUGAUUGCAACUUUUGUUACUACAUUCCAACAUUGUCUGUAACCUUACAGGUGUAUCAGUUAGCAUCUUUUACACAGCUGAAUUUUCAUUCAUGUAUUCUCAAGCUGUUUGUCUUUAUGGGUUUUUCUAAUUUCCUACAAAACAGUGUGUUGUAUGUUCAGUGCUUCUUUAAUAUGUACCUUAACUAUCUAAACAAAAUACACACGCACACUACAGCAACUAUUGUACCAAAGUUUACAUCACCAUUUCUUCCUUUUUCAUGAAUUUAGAGUCUAAUUGUUUAAUUAAAUGGUUUAACUCCAAAAGAUAGAUGCUUCUACAGAUCUAUAUUUAAUGUAGCAUUCAAUUUCAUAAAAGUUGGCAAUACACAAUUCAUUUGAGGUAUAUAUAUAAGAUAUUCUGACAAUUCUUCAGGUGCAAUGACAUUAUUGUUUCAGAUAGCAAUUGUAUUACAUAUAAAUGUACAAAUGUAUUGUGUAACUGAGAGUUAUUUCAUUUUUACUCGGUAGACAUGUGCAAAAUGUAUUGCAAAUCAUGUAAGGGGAGUAAAGAAGUACUACGACAUGUGAGACCUUGUAUUUUAGCCCUACUUUUCAUGUACUUGGAAACUCUGGUGAAAACACUCUUGUGAUGUAUAAGAAAAGAAGACUUAGUGCAGAUUUUAUGUAGUCUGGUGAUCUAACUGGCAUUUUCAUGGGGUGACUUGAUUUUUCACUGGCCUUAAAGAAACUGGAAGCAUGAAUUUUCGAUUAUUUUGAUUGUGCAUCCUUAUAUCAUUCCAUUUUGUGUAGCUAAAGUUAAUCAUGAAAAAACUAUUUGGAAGUCCUUUGAAAAUGCUAGUAUGAUGGAAGGCAAUGUUGGUGCCGGGACUCCUUUCCUCAAUUUGUUGUAAUGUUUCAAGAUAUGUCAGAGUUCUUCUCAUUUAAUGUUGAAUUAUGUAAUAAUACAGGCAAUGGUGAUGUGAAAAUAAAGGUUUGCCUCUAUG